AGUAUAACAACUUUGGACAACAUUUUGGACCAAGCAGGCUGAAGCUUCUUUAAAAAUGAAGAGGGCACUGAUUAUAGUGGCUUUUCUGCUGGCCACCUCCCAGGCCGUUCCUGUGCAGACUGAGGAGAGGGCUCACCAACAAGCACCUCCAGAGCACCCACAGGCCCCUGAGCAGCUCCAGGCCCAGGCCCAGGGCCAGGGCCAGCCCGCAGACAGCAUCUACUACCCUGUCCCCCCAGCAGAUGCGCUUAUGGGCCUCAACACCUUCCAGAACCUGAACAGCAUAGGCCUGAACGGCAUCACCAACCCAUAUGGCUAUGGUCUGCCUUAUGGUUACACUUCUGGCAUUGGUAACCCUGGUUACAUUUACCCAUAUGGUUAUGGUAACAACCCCUAUGGUUCCUAUGGUAACCCCUAUGGGUCCUAUGGUUACCCCUAUGGGUCCUAUGGUUAUGGUAACAAUCCCUAUAUGAACCGACUCUAUUCUGGCUACUCCUAUCCACCUAUCAUCAUCACCUUACCCAGGCAACAGGCCACCACCAGGGGUGCCUGACCACCUGGAACCCAUGUAAAUGCUGGGAAAAUGUGUGUUAACAGACCACAGUAAACAUUUAUUGCAUUUUAUAAAAGGUGAGAAAAAGUAUGUUCUUCAAAAAAAAAAAAUAACAAUAAAUCUUACGUCUUGAAUCUUA